CUGAAAGCUGUUUGCUGUUGGACGCAAUAGCUCUUUCUCCCGCCCGAAGAACGAGUCCAUGUGAACAUUUCGCUGGCCGUCGCUGCUCCGCUCCGCGUGUAUAAAUAGCCAGCAAACGGGGAAGUUGGAUAGCCAUAGGUUCGCUACUUGCUUUCCGCUCCUGAACAGCUUAAGCUCGCUUCCCAGCUCUCCCCCCCCCCCGACAAGAAAGAGAGAACUCACACCCCAUCAUUAAAGAACCCCAAAGUUCCCAAAACUCACUCCCUUAUCCGAAACAGAGCAAAAGGAGCACAUCGCCCAAUUCUCCGCCGCAUGCCAUUGCCUCUUCCGGCGAUAGCACCACCACCACCACCACCAUCACCAGAAGAUCCGGCGGCGGCGGCAUCGGAGGAAUAAAAAGAGCGGCGGGGAUGAUCACGUGGCACGACCUGUACACGGUGCUGACGGCGGUGGUGCCGCUGUACGUGGCGAUGAUCCUGGCCUACGGGUCGGUGCGGUGGUGGGGGAUCUUCUCGCCCGACCAGUGCUCCGGCAUCAACCGCUUCGUCGCCAUCUUCGCCGUCCCCCUGCUCUCCUUUCACUUCAUCUCCACCAACGACCCCUACACCAUGAACUUCCGCUUCAUCGCCGCCGACACCCUGCAGAAGCUCAUCGUCCUCGCGGCCCUCGCCGCCUGGACCCGCCUCUCCUCCCGCGGCUCCCUCAACUGGGCGAUCACCGUCUUCUCCCUCGCCACCCUCCCCAACACCCUCGUCAUGGGAAUUCCCCUCCUCAUCGCGAUGUACGGCGGCUUCUCCGGAUCCCUCAUGGUCCAGGUCGUCGUCCUCCAGUGCAUCAUCUGGUACACCCUCCUCCUCUUUCUCUUCGAGUACCGUGCCGCCCGCCUCCUCAUCGCCGACCAGUUCCCCGACACCGCCGCCUCCAUCGUCUCCUUCCGCGUCGACUCCGACGUCGUCUCCCUCGACGGUGGCCGCGACCUCCUCCAGGCCGACGCCGAGGUCGGCGGCGACGGCAAGAUCCACGUCACCGUCCGCCGCUCCAACGCCUCCCGCCGCUCCGUCUCCAUGGCCAUGACCCCGCGCCCCUCCAACCUCACCGGCGCCGAGAUCUACUCCCUGAGCUCCUCCCGGAAUCCUACUCCACGGGGAUCCAACUUCAAUCACUCCGACUUCUUCGCCAUGGUCGGCGGCGCCCCGCCCCCCCUUCGCCCCUCUAACUUCGGCCCUGCCGACCUCUACUCUCUCCACUCCUCCCGUGGCCCCACACCGCGCCCCUCCAACUUCGACGACGGCGGCGCCGCCGUCGGAUCCCCACGCUUCGGACCUUACCCGGCUCCCAACCCGGAGAUCUCCUCUGCCGCCGUGACAAAGAAACCUACAGCCACCAAUCCGACCCUUCCGGCGCCGGCUUCAGAGACGCAGCAGCAGCAGAACAGAGCGGCCCACCAUGACGCGAAGGAGCUCCACAUGUUUGUUUGGAGCUCCAGCGCGUCGCCGGUAUCCGAGGUCGGCGGGCUGCACGUGUUCGGCGGCGCGGACUUCGCCGCCCCGGACCUCGCCGGCCGGCUGGACCAUGGCGGCGCCAAGGAGAUCCGCAUGCUCGUCCCGGCCGAUCUCCCCCAAAACGGCGGAACCAAAGGAGCGGCGAUACCGGAGUGUGUGGAUUACGGAUGUGGAGGAGAAGAAUUUAGCUUCGUAGGACGGAAGGGAUUAGAAGACUUGGAGGAGAGAGACAGGGAAAGCGGACCGGAUGGGUUAUCGAAGCUGGGGUCGAGCUCGACGGCGGAGCUCCACCCGAAGGGCGGCGGAGGGCCGUCCGACGGAACGAAGCACACCCACCCCCUGAUGCCUCCAGCUAGCGUCAUGACCCGUCUGAUCCUCAUCAUGGUGUGGCGCAAACUGAUCCGCAACCCUAACACCUACUCCAGCCUCAUUGGCCUCAUCUGGUCCCUCGUCGCCUUCCGGUGGCACAUAGCGAUGCCGAAAAUAAUAGAGAAGUCGAUCUCCAUACUAUCGGACGCCGGGCUGGGAAUGGCUAUGUUUAGCUUAGGGUUGUUCAUGGCGCUGCAGCCGAAGAUCAUCGCGUGCGGGAACUCGGCGGCGACCUUCGCGAUGGCCGUACGGUUCCUCACCGGCCCGGCUGUCAUGGCCGCGGCAUCCGUCGCCGUCGGCCUCCGCGGCGUCUUCCUCCACGUGGCCAUCGUACAGGCGGCCCUUCCGCAAGGCAUCGUCCCCUUCGUGUUCGCCAAGGAGUAUAACGUCCAUCCCGCUAUUCUUAGCACGGCGGUGAUUUUUGGGAUGCUGAUAGCUCUUCCGAUUACGAUGGUAUACUACAUCAUCCUGGGAUUAUGACGCGGUUUAAAGCGAGGAAAUGUUAUCAUGAUAAUGGAAGUAUACGCAACACGUGCGAAUCCGUGACGACGAAUUGCUCCCUAGCGCAUUGCGGGUCCCACUACCGGUAAACUCUGGAGGAGAGUCGGAAAGAGAGCGGCGCGUUUUUCGGCAAAAGAGAAGCCGAAUUAUUCGUUAUUUAAAAUAUUUGCCUCUCACAUCUGUGUUUUUUUUUUUUUUGGUAAAUAACCAUCUGUGUUCGAAACUCAACUGGAGAAUUACUUUUUUUAUCUGUAAUUCCAUUAUAGGGAAAGAUUUUGUUUGGGACUUUA